CAUCCGCAGCCGUAUUUACCAGAGCCGGGGCUGGAGCCACAGCUGUCGCCUACCAGAACGCAAGCCGUUCCUGUGGCUGCCGCGGCGAACUCGCUGGGCACAGAGAGCUGUCACCAUGCCCAACUCGUACCCAGCACUUUCUCCUGAGCAGAAGAAGGAGUUGUCUGACAUUGCCCUCCGGAUUGUGGCUCCAGGCAAAGGCAUUCUGGCUGCAGAUGAGUCUGUAGGUAGCAUGGCCAAACGGCUGAGCCAAAUUGGGGUAGAGAACACAGAGGAGAACCGCCGGCUGUACCGCCAGGUCCUGUUUAGUGCCGAUGACCGAGUGAAGAAGUGCAUUGGAGGUGUCAUCUUCUUCCAUGAGACACUCUACCAGAAAGAUGAUAACGGCAUCCCCUUUGUCCGUACAAUCCAGGAUAAGGGCAUCGUCGUGGGCAUCAAGGUUGACAAGGGUGUGGUGCCUCUAGCUGGGACUGAUGGAGAAACCACCACUCAAGGGCUGGAUGGGCUCUCAGAACGCUGUGCCCAGUACAAGAAGGAUGGCGCCGACUUCGCCAAGUGGCGCUGUGUACUGAAAAUCACUGAGCGCACGCCCUCAGCACUUGCCAUUCUGGAGAAUGCCAACGUGCUGGCCCGCUAUGCCAGCAUCUGCCAGCAGAAUGGUAUUGUGCCUAUUGUGGAACCUGAAAUCCUGCCUGAUGGAGACCAUGACCUCAAACGUUGCCAGUAUGUUACAGAGAAGGUCCUGGCUGCUGUGUACAAAGCCCUGAGUGACCAUCAUGUUUACCUGGAGGGGACCCUACUGAAGCCCAACAUGGUGACCCCUGGCCAUGCCUGUCCCAUCAAGUAUACCCCAGAGGAGAUCGCCAUGGCGACCGUCACUGCCUUGCGUCGCACUGUGCCCCCAGCUGUCCCAGGUGUGACCUUCUUGUCUGGGGGUCAGAGUGAAGAGGAGGCAUCGCUCAACCUCAAUGCCAUCAACCGUUGCCCCCUUCCCCGACCCUGGGCCCUCACCUUCUCCUAUGGGCGUGCCCUGCAGGCCUCUGCACUCAAUGCCUGGCGAGGGCAGCAGGACAAUGCUGGGGCUGCCACUGAGGAAUUCAUCAAGCGGGCUGAGGUGAAUGGGCUUGCAGCUCAGGGCAAGUAUGAAGGUAGCGGAGAAGAUGGAGGAGCCGCAGCACAGUCCCUCUACAUUGCCAACCAUGCCUACUGAGCACCCAUUCCACACCACAGUCCUUGACCUGGCCACAUGCACCCGAUUUUGCCUGUAGUUAUGGCCCGGGCCAAGUAGCCAUGCAGAGCAGAGGGCCUCCAUUCAGUGCCAAGUUCUCCAUUUUAUCUUCUUCCCUCCCCUCUCCCAUGUUGCACCUGGGACCAUAGGAUGGGAAGCCCCUGAUGACUGAGGGCAGGAGGACUUGCUAGAAGUCAGAGCGGGAUGCCUGGGUCUUCUGUGUGCCUCUGUAACCCCCUACAAUUUCCCCACGAUGGGGUAGCUUCUCCUUGGGCUUUCCUUCUUGCCUCUCCUCUUCUGGGACCAGAGGGUAGGACACUAGCCCUGAUUCAUGCUGAAUACAUACCACAUAGCAAAUAAAUGGUAGCAAACA